AUGAACACAGAGUCCAGCCCGGCCGUCUCUCGGUCGUGUGCCAUCUAUAGAUCCGUACUUUCCGUCGCACGAGUAUAUCUGGCAAAACGUCCGCUUGCUAGGCUUCUCUCCACGUUCCUAUGCAGUGUGAUCAUCGUCAUACGACCAUUCUCCCGCCUUGGCGGACAGUAUGCCUUUCUCGUUCUAGCGUUGAAGGAGCUCAUCUUUGGCGUUCAAGAGAACCUCGCUCAGCAGCUCGAGCUUACGGUGCUCAAUAUUCUCGGGGCAUUGACCGGUAUUGGCGUUUCUACGCUCGCGAAGUAUAUCGCAUCACUCGCCGGUCAAGAUACCGUGGGUGCGCGAGCAACCUGCUUUAUCUUCCUGAUAUCAAUCAGUUUCUUUGCUGGAAUCAUCAAGAGUAGGCUCGUUCGCCUGCAGCUGUCAACACGUAUAUCGUGCUUCAUUUCUAUCUGGUUGCUCACCAAUGAUAUUGGCCUACCUGCGCAUGUACUCCCGGACUCUGGGAACUUCCUGUGGAUAACUCUGUCUGCGGCGGUUCUCUGUCUAGCCUCUCUGCUCAUCAUGAUGCUCUUCUUCCCGGGAUCGGCAACGAACUUCGAGUCCGAAACGGUGGUGACGUUCGCGUUGCUGGAACAAUGUCUCUCGACAAGCCUCCACCGCGUCGGCGCUCGCGAGACCAAGAUGCCAUAUUCACACUAUCGUCAACUUCACAGCCAGCUUCUGCAGCGGUCCGUUAAGCUGAACGAGUCUUACUCGCAAGCGGCUUUCGAGCUGCGUAUAGGUCGUCUCAGUCUGCAGUCUAUCCAUCCCUUCAUCGGCAUCGUCGAGCAUCUGCGUAGAGAGCUGGCUUGGGGUAUGGCGCCGCUGAAGCCUGCUCAGAGCAUCCCAGGGACACCGCAUUCUCCCCGUAGUGGUGCACCUAGCCUGUACGAACACACCAACGUCAUUCACCAGGACAGCACCUUCAUAUCCACGAUCGAGCCUCCCGCACUUACCCUUGCACACGCCGUCGUGGACGCUAUGAAGACCGUCGAACACCUCAUCUUCGCUACCUUCCGUCAGCGGUCUACAGGCAUGGCACCCCAGACCGUGCAGUCGGUGUCCGGAUCUCAGAAGGCCGCCGUUCAUGCCGCCGAACGACUUCUGAAGGUCGCGCGGGAUCAGAUGCGCGAAGUCUUGCGGCACGUUUUCGAUGAAGUCGAUAUGCAGCAGCGCGCGGAGGGAAAGCAUGCGCAUCUACCAAAAGAAAUCUUCGACUGCAGCGUCGCGGCCAUUGCUUUACUCCAGAUGGCUCAAGAGAUGAACCACGCGCUGCAGGUCGCAGAAAAUGUUGCCACACUCUACGAGGAGUCCUCUGCCCGCCUCUGGUACCCUCAUUUAUCACUGCAGUGGCUGGGAGUCCCCACUGGCCCCUUCAUCGGCGACGACAACGGCGACAUAGUUUUCGCAUCUGGGGGCGUAGCGGACGAGGGGAUCACCGACGUCGGUGGCGACGAGCGGCUGACCGUCAUGGAGGCGCGGCAGGGGCUCGCGGAGCGCGCGUUCUCGUUCACGCUUGUCAAGGGCCGCGCGCUCCCAGCCGGCGGCCUCUCGAUGCGGUACAAGACGUAUGCGGCGUCGGCAAGCCGGAUGGACCUGAAGCCGGGCGACGGAAAACCCUCGCGGCCCUGGACGUGGGGAUACUGGAGCGAGUACAUCAGCAUGCUGUGGUCGACGGAGCGCAUGCUGCGCGUGCGGGUGUGGCUGUCGAAGCGCCACCGCGCGGUGCAGCACUCGAGCCAUUGGCGGCAUGGGCUGAAGAACGCGAUCGGGGUCGCGGUGCUGACGUUCCCGGCGUUCAUGCCGGAGGGCUCCGCGGGGCGACAGUGGUUCCAGUCUUAUCGGGGUCAGUGGAUGACCAUCAGUUAUCUUUGGGUAUUGGAAACGAACACGGGCGCGACAUGGAGGACGGGAUACCUCCGAUUGUUCGGGACAUUGUUAGGCGCACUCUAUUCUUACGUGGCUUUUCUGAUCUGCGGCACGAACCCGUAUGGGUUAGUCGCGAUGGUCACGGCGUUUGAUAUACCCAUCACUUGGAUCAUAUUGAAAACGUCCGUGACGCCGCUAGCGGUGCCUGCUUCCGUCGCUCUCCCUCCGAUAUUGCUCGCGCCGUAUAUUCAUCCUGACCCCAGUCACACCAUCCUAGAGCUGGCCAGCAUCCGGGCGCUCAUGAUCGCUGCCGGCAUUGUCGCAGCGGUGCUUAUGAACAGCCUCCUCUUCCCGCGGCACUGCCGGGUCCUGUUCCUGUCGGAUACAAGCCGGACGCUCGGACUGCUCAGCAGCCUGUAUCUCACGCUCAGCCAUGACAUGUUCCGCGUUCAUCGCACGCGGAUGCACGAGGAGCGGCGGAAGACGUUGAAGCUUGAGCUGCAGAUCCGCAGUGCGCUAUACCGGCUCUCCGCACUCGUGAAGACGAUGCACGAUGAGCUCAGCCUCCUGCCAAAACCACUCCGCCACUACCGCCAAGUGAUCACCACCAUGCAGAAGUUGCUGGACCUUAUGACAGGCCUGCGAAAGAUCCGGGAAAACAUCCCGCGCAAGGAGACGGUCUCCAAUGUGUUCAAGGAGCGCCGUGAGUUCAUGUCCUGCGUAUGCAUCACGCUCUUCGCGUGCCAGCACGCGUUCCACGCGCGCGAGCCGCUGCCCCAGUUCCUGCCGUCCGCGCGCGCGGCGUUUGCGCACCUGGAGGCGCACGUGCAGGAGUGCAUCCACAAGGCGCGCGAGGCGGACGGGCACGCGCUUGGGCUGUCGCUCGUGUACGCGUUUGCGGAGCAGGAGGUGAUGCAGAACCUUGUGGACACGCUGGAAGAGCUGCUCGAGGUGACGGGGCGGUUGUUCGGCACGUCUGCGUGGCUCACGCAUGAGAGCCAUUUCUCGAGGACGAGCACGGUCGAGGAGGGCGAUCAUGGCUGGUACAGCACGUUCAAGUGGGAGCAGGAAUAG